CUCAAUUAGACUCCUUAUCUUGAGUGGAUGAAGUGGUCUCGCCCUCGCGCAAAGCGCGACUACUGUAAACUGUAAAAUCGUUAGUGGGUUCUACUUGCGCUUGUUGCAGUAAGUGCGGGACCAAGAUAAAGAGAUCUCCUGGCUGUAAGCCACCCCAGUAGAACGCGCAGAACGCAAGUGCUCGGCCUUCAGAUCUAAUCUUCCCAUAGACAAUAAGUGCAAGGCAACAUCGAUUCCACGACCAAUGAGGCCAAGGAAUUCCUCUUCGUCUUCAUCACGGCAUAUUACAACCUCGACCAGCAUAGAUCAAACACGUCUGUGAUGUGCCAUUUCCUUGUCUGCUUUACCGUGCUGACGGAUUAAACUGUGUGAUCAACAUCUCGAGGAUAAAAGAUAUUGAACCAAUCCUUGAUGGAUCAUGAUCAGCAUCUGAACGCGGCAUUAUAUGCCCACGCGGGUCACCAAGGUUCACUAUACUGGAUCAAACAAGCGGUCUAUUGCUACGUCGUGUCUAAUAUUGUCUUCAACAUCGGGGAGGUCAUGGCAUGGCCAGUUAUCUGGUGAAGAUGAUCCCGACAACGAUCAUGAUUAAAGAUUGAGGAAACAAGUAUCGUGAUGCGGCGGCUCAUUUGCGACGUUCUUACUCUUAGACGUGGAUACUCGUCCCACGUAUGGUAUUGAUCGAUCUUUGCAAAGUAGAUACGUAUACCACAGCAGUGGUCUACUUUUUCUUUCAGCACACUGCCACUCUAUUCACGCUUUCACGCACAGCAGUCUGCCUUUUCUUUCGGUCACAUCUACAUUUUAAUUUUUCUUGAAAUCGGCGACGAAAAGAAUUCUUUUACUUUAAUCGGAGAAAGAGACAUCCUCCCAGAUGUCCUCUCCCAAAGACAUCCAGGACAAAACCGGCGAGGGCGGUCGUGCCCCGUGGCAGCAGAGAGUGGCGGACGAGCUAGACCGCAUCGGUCAGGCAGAGGAGGGGCCGCUGCUUGUCGACCGUGAGAGUGAGGAAAAGAAGGAGGAGAAGGAGGAGGAUGCUGGCAGUGCUGGCAGUGGCGGGGAAGACAACGACCAGGAGGAACAUCAAGACGGCAGUGACGGCGAAAACAACGACAAGGAUUUCGACGAGCACGAAGACGGACAAAAUGUCAGCGAAGUCCAAGAUGCAGACGGCGACGUGCAGCUGCUCGAGGUGGAAGAAGAAGGAGAUGAUUUAGAUGACGACGUGCUGGUGGAGGAAGUCGUUUUGGAAGAUGAAGACAGCGAGGGCAUCGCAUGUAAAAACGUUCCCGCCCCAUAGUUGUCGCGCAGAUUUGCACCUACAGAAAUGAAACAUCUGGAGUGCGCAUCCCCAACAUGUGGGGGGUUUAUAGUCAUCGUGUUCUGAGAUUUGUAUAUGUUGUUUAACAGAAUAAUGAGGCGCUUUUGUGAAGAUGCGACUGUCCUUGCUAGGCAGAACUAUACUACAGGUAGAGGCACAGACCGAAACUACUUGUCAUGCAUAACUGGAGAUUUGUGUUGCAGACUUAGCACGAGCUUGACUAUGGAGUGGGGACGUUUUUGCCCGGAAUAGAGGCGGAACAAGUCGUGGAAGUGGCUGUGAACAGUGACGGCGAGCUCGUACCCCACGAACUUAUUCCAUGGGAAGGCGAGGACACAAUCAGGAGUGUGAGCGCCGAGGACGAAGCGGAUCCCAUCCGGAGCCAGGAGAUUUCCGAUGAGCUAGUCGACGUGCAAGAAGUUAUCGUCGUCGAACAGGAUCAGGAGCAGAGCGACGAGGAAAUCGAGGAAGAGGAGGAGCACAGCCAGGCCCUGGUCGAGGAGGACAGCGAGUUAGAAGAUGACAGCGAGGCGGAGGAAGAGGCGGAAGUAGUCAGCGCCGUGGAGGAAGAAGGAGAAGCGAGCGAGGUCCAGGGAGGGGUUGACGACAACACGCAGGUCGAGGAAGACCAAGAUGAGCAAGACCAGGUCGAAAAUGAAGAUCGCGAGGAGGAAUCUGCGGAGGCGGACAAGAAGCGGCAGCGCAUCGCCUAGUACAGCUAAAGACGAGGCUGUGCUCUAUGUAUAAAAUAUUACUUCUUGCGUUUUUGGUUCUUCAACGACAAUUCGACUCUGUCCACGACAUCGAGAACACAGUAAUAUGCAAAACGAAAAGCGGAGCGAUAAAUUUAAGGGCUGUUCCAUUAUUUUCGUCUUGUUUCCGUCCGCACAAUUUAUUUCGCUUCAAUUUCUACUCGUCCGUACAAAAAAAUCCCCGUUUGCAUCCACCACUACAAUCCCCGUUUGCAUCCACCACUACAGGAGCUCCUGCACAGCCUUUUGAAAGAAGUCGGAAACUGCUGCUCUCCGCGGAGUUUAUUCGACGAAAUCCUGACGAAAAUCAGAAUGGAGUUUAUUCGACGAAAUCCUGAUCGUGUGGAACGAAAAUCAAAUGGAUACUGUCCCUGAAACAUUUCUGAGUCAAAGAGGAGGACUUGCGUAACCUGCUACACUUCGCGAAGCCGUCGACUAGUCAGAAAAUGAUUAUGCAUGGAAUUGCUGACCACUUUUGGUUUUUGAAUUUGCGCGGCUCGAUUUCUUCUCCAUUGUGAAGUGCGCAAGCAUUGGCAUGCUGACAAGGAUCUUGACGGUGUUGAUGUUGUUGUUGUCGCUUCAAAAAAUAAACUAUCCCAACUCACACUACUUCAGUUGCGUGGCCCUCAUUCCGAAGUAAAUCGGGAACUGGUCUCUGUGGCGUUUGCCUUUCGACGACGUUCUUCGAACAAUUUCAGUGCACUAGCACUUCACCUAACCAGUACGAAUUAUUGGGUCGACUGAAGAAAAGACGCAUUGCAUCUGUGCGGAACGCUGAAAAUUAAUUUCACACUUUCCCUAGAGCGAUGGCGUCUGCUCAUCGAACGACUCAAAAACCUGUGCUGCUACAGAUGCAACGACACCACAAAAAAAACCCAGAGGGCCUCCUGCUCUCUUUAGCGGUAUAAAUAUGUUGUAUCCACUAGAAAUCUUAAUG